UUCUCCACUGGUUCGCCGAGUUAGCAAAACUGCACGGUUUUCUGCUCCUCAGUCUCAAAGUGACUGUGCUCGACACAUCAACACACCGGGUUUCGUUUCGGGCUGUGCUGCUCUUGCCAAAAUUGGAAACACGUCGUCAUCGUGGUCGUCUCAUCGUGUCCUGGAGGAAGACGAGAAAAGAACGACGUAAAACUUCUGGCUCUCGUCGUAUCCACCUUAUUCCUUAUAUUCGAACAAAGGAAGGAGAAUGAGGAUGCACAAUAAGUGAGAUGAAGAAGAGAGGAGAGAAAAGGAAGAGAAAGUUAUCUAACAGUUGUUCAACCUGAAGAAGAAGGAGGAGGAGGAAAACUCUUAUGAUGAUUAUGAGUGAGGAGGAGAAACUUGUAAAUAUCAAAACAUGACAUGACACCACAAUUAAGGAAAGUUCGCAAGUAACGAGUCGGAUAUUUACUUAUAUACACUGCUCCUCGUUGUGUAAGUUAAGUUCAGUUCAGUUAGUCGGGCUGUUUGCCCAUUACGUAACAGCGUUUCGGAGACAGAGCGAGAGAGCGAGAGCGACGGCGAAAAGGACGCGAUAACAUAACCUCAAAGUCAAACAAACAAAACACAGUUGUCUUCAUAUUAUUCUCCGAGUUUGUGAACGACUAAACCUGCUCCUAAUUAAGGACUUAUAUAUGACAGUAAUUAUUUCCAGUGCUGUGAACAAACAAGUAAAUUAGAAGAGUUAUAACUGCAUAGAUAGGCGACUGACUUUUGUUUCGUAAUAAUAUUUCAUUUCGUGGUGAAAUUGAGACACGAAAUCGUCCUUGAGAUAGUUUAAAAUAAUGUCUGAAAUGGACGCCCCGAAAAUGGAGCAACAAUCAUUUUGGGAUGAUUCUUCCCGAUCCACGGGGACGGGGAGCAAUAGUCAUUUAUUAGAACACGCCAUUAAUCUUGGACAUCACAGCCAUCACGGCGGCGGCAGCAUUCAUCAUCACAGUUCGUCGUCUUCUGGAGGCUCUAUCAUAUCUGGAUCCUUAUCCUCUGUCACGACCGGAAGUGGACACAAUCAGUAUGAAAGGAAUCUCAACUUUGCCACUGGUGGAGCCGUCGAGGAGAAUGAGUACGGCUUUCCGAAGAAAAAGACUGUUCGUGAUCCCCUUUCCCACCGGAUAAUUGAAAAGCGGCGUCGCGACCGCAUGAAUAACUGUCUGGCCGACUUGGCCCGUCUCCUCCCUCCGUCCUCCCUCCGAAAAGGGAGGGGACGCAUUGAAAAGACGGAAAUUGUGGAGCUCGCCAUAAAACAUUUACGGCAUUUGCAAACUCACUUGUGUCCAUCGGGAGACAAAUGUGAAUUCAACUAUAUUGUGAAGGGGUCUCGAUCCGAGGGUUUUACGAGGCCACCGCUUUUUCCAGUCACGUCAUCAGGAGGAGGAGGCGGACCCACGGCUACAUUCCCGUCUACGCCAGAAGAACAUUUUCGACUUGGAUUUCACGAGUGCAUGAGCGAAACUAUGCACUUUCUUGUCGAAGAUGAAGGCAUGUACCCUGGGGAUUCACUCUGUGUACGAAUACUCAAACAUUUGGGAGCACACUCUGAAAACUUGAUGAGAGAGCAUUUCGGCAAAGAGGGGAAGCUCCGGUUCCUGACUGAAAUCAAAAAAGAGGAGACUGACGAAAGUCCUUCCGCUAAUAAGCAAAAGCUGUGUGACAGUGAUUGCAAUAAUGGGAAUUCGAGUUCGUCCGGGUAUGCGGCCAAUGGGUCGUCAAUUUCGUCGGGAAGUGAAGGAAAUAGAGGUCAAGAUGCCGAAAGCCCAGAAUCAUUCCCACCAGUUCAAACUGGUCCUGGUGGUAACAUUGGAAGUGGUGGUUGUGGCGGCAGUACUAUUACUACGACUACUACGACGACGGAUGGAGGGUCCUAUUUCUUGCCACCAUCUGAACGAACCGCAGCCAUCAAUAUCGAUUACGAGGGAGAAAAUAGUUGCUGCUCGACCCAGCUUUCACUCGACAUUUCGGACGUUUUAUCCGUAGAAAGUAAGAGUACGACGAGGAAGAAUGGUGCAAGUGGUAGUCCUGCGAGCAACAAACCACCCAUUCCGACUGCCAUCAGUUGUACCAGUUCACCCAUGACGAGCAGUUCCACGGCCCAGUCGAAUUGGCGGUCAGCGGAUGAAGGGCAUGAAACUGGUUCCGCGUCUCGUUACAAAUUCAAAAAUAAUAUCAAACAACGCUUCGUUGCUGAUCAUCUUGUCCCAGGACGGACGGCGAACAACUCGGGCGGGGAGGAGGACGUGGAGGCGGUCAUGACUCGAAGUGAAAACAAACUUUCCAACAAACACAAAGAUGAUGAUGAAGAACAUCAAUCAAAUACUGGUGCAAGAACCGAUUUCUUGGAUGAUGAGGAGGAAGGUCGGAUGAAAGUAGGACGGAACAACAGUUCCUCCUCUCCGACUCCUCCAGGAGGAGAGGAAGAAGGGGAAGAAGAAUUGAUGUUGGAAGAAGAUUGCGGUUCAAACAAAAGUUAUGAAAGGCGACGGAGGAGGAGGACGAGUACUUCUGACAGUUGUUCUUCUUCCAACAGGACAAUCUCUAUUGAAAACAUGAACGGCGUUGUUGCCUCUGAUUUGACAUCAAAGGUGGUGAUGGCGACAUCAACAACGACAUCUCAAGGUAACAGUCCUCCUCCCGACUCGGCAGAACAGCAUGAUGCGAAUGGUGGUAAACGGUUGUCUGGAGAAAGUGCUGCUCCUGUUGCUGUGAACGUGAUCAAAGUGGAAAAUCCAGCUCGAUCUGCAGCUCCAUCAUCGUCAUCAGCACCUCUAAACCCAAUCCCUACUGCUGAGCCUGGUUUAUUGGGUGAAAGUGAAAAUUGUGGUGGGCGAGUGCCUGCUUUCGCCCUGCAUGAGAAAGGUCUCUACUAUAUUCCCCUCAUGAUUGACAAGGCCAUGUUGUCGCCAUACCUCGACCACGCUCCCAUUCCACCCCCACCACUUCACCCCGUCACCAUUAACGUCUGCUUUCUCCUCUCGUCGCCCUCAUCACAACCAGAUAAAGUGGUUGGCAAGCCGGCCCCCCAAUUUUUGAAGAAUUCUCUGACCACGUCACCCCCAACAUCCGUUCCGAUGACUAGUCCUCCUCCGGGAGCGGGAUUCGUCCACAUUCCUCCUCCACAAACUAUCAUUCCACACCCAUUGCUGGUCACCCCAGCCUCUCAGAAAGGGGCGAGCUUAGUAAAAUGUGUCCCCAUGUCCGUAAAUAAACCUAGUCCGAAAGAACAGACAAAUUUUUCCAGUAGAUAUUCCUCAUCUCAACAGCAGCAGCAGCAACAGCAUCAAUCAUCCCGACAACAAGGCUCUCCUGUCCCCUAUCGAUACCCCAUUACAGGACCCAUCCAGCAAAUAAGUUCGUCAUCGAGCUUGCCCUCCUCACACAUUAUGAGUCACCAUCCUCAGAAAGAUGUCUUUUCUGGGCAGUACUACCCGGUCGGGUACUACGCAGAGUCGUCUCAUCCUGGUCAUAUCGUCCCUCAUCAGCAGCCACCAUCUUCCACCUCCUCCUCCUCCCAACUUGUACAACACGGCGGAGGGUACUCAAGUUCCAGCAACUCAUCCAGCAGCUCAAAUCAUGGAAGACAAACUAAUAAUACUGGGAGGAAGAGAUCAAUCGCGAAUAUUUCACCCAUCUCGAGUUCGAGCAGUUUGGGGUAUCAUUCUUCCUUCCAUGAUAACAAGUACUCCCCCGAUCCCUUUCCUACUGCGUACAACCACAAUUUGCAUCACUACAAUGCGUCCCCUUCGUCAACCAGUGGUGCUCAUCAUUCGCAGCAGAGUAGCAUUCACCACGGAGUCAGUAUUAGCUCAUCCAAUAGACAGCAGCAUCAUGCUCUCAUGGGUCUGCACCCUCACAUCCUGAGUACCGGGGGAUAUGGGGGGACUUUGGCGACGAACCAUCUCAUCAUGCCAGGCGGAGGAAGCAACUGCAUCGACCUGGAGAGGAGGAGAAGUUGCAGUCCGAACAAAAGGGUGAAACGAAGCAGGGGAGAUGUGGACGAUAUUUUAAAAAUGAAGCAGCCACACCCAAUCAUCCCAUUAUUGCCGGCGCAUGAUAACUGACUCAUUUGUGAAGACACGCCAAGACCAUGAAAACUGUAAUCAUCUCAUAAUUCGGAUCACAGUCCGAUCGCUCAGAUUUUCUUGUACAUCUUAAUUUCCCCUUUUCUAUCAUUCAGCGAGUACUACAAAAAGAUCUCUUUUUCGUUUUUAAAAUAGUUGACGUUCUUUAAAUAUAAAAAUUUAGGUAGUGUAAUUAAUUAGCUGUUAGUAUUUACAUCACAAAAAUAUUUAUGCACACACGCUUGUGAUAUUGAAUUCAGAUAAUCAUCCAAAAGUACAAUAUACAACUUCUGCUGCCACUGACACGAGUAGUUACAUACAUAAAUAUAAAACUUAUAUAUGGGUAACUAAUAGUCAAAGUAAAUUGCUACAUAAUGUAAAAGAGGAUACCUAGUGAUACAAUACGAUUACCGUCGUUUUGCACACAAUUAUGUUGUUUCUUGUACUAAUUAAUGAACCACAAUUAAAGUGGAAUCACGAAGAACGCCAAACAAUGUACGAGUAUGUAUAUCCCUGUCAAAAAUAUUAGCAUUUAGUAGGUGGAUACAGUAACCUAGAUGUACCUGAAUGGUGAACGAACGAACUUCCUACAUAUUUAUAUUAAUUGUUGACUGUUAAAUAAUAAUAAUCAUAAUGGAGAAAAUAAUUAUUUGAAGCACUUGAUUUGAUAAAAACUCGGAUAAAAGUUUAAUAAAUAUUAUUGUGACCAUUUAUUGGACAUACUUA